UUCCCAACUCUGUCCAACACUUGGAGGAGCAUGUGUGGAAAUGCUCCUGCCGUCAGUGCUUUACCUGUGACUUCAGCACAACACGAGAGGAGGAUCGGAAGGAGAAAAACUCAUGUAGGACUGAAACAUGGGCUGGCCUGCUUCCAUCACAUUCUCACUCUUAAAAGACUGAAGGAUCUCCAGCGGAGCUCACAGCAUACAUGAGGAUCCGCGAUGCUCUGGACACCUCCGAACCUCCUGCAGACCAUCUCAAUCACUUCAACUUCUAACGCCGAGACAACUUCAGCACAAACAGCCUCUGAAUGUGCUCCAUCCUCGCAUAUGACAGCCCGUCAUGUUUGGACGUGUUCUGCAUUCAUGAAUUGUUCUUAAACAUUGUUUUGCGAGUAGAGAAAGAGAGAAGUACAGUGAGUGUGAAUGAAGCUCUUUAUUCCUUGAUUACUGAUCGAAUCAAUGAAUUAAGCCGCGAUCUCGUCAGAAGACUCACUUUAGCCUCCAGAAGAAGUAAAAAGAAAAACUCGUAUACGGCUCGUAUAGUGAAAUAAAGUGUUUCAUGGAUUUGUGUAUCUGGAACAUUCGUCUUUGACAAACGAUUGUGAAAGACGGGGAAAAGAAAAGAAAACAACAAUAACAAGUGGAAGGACUUUGGAGAGAGCGCGUCCGUGCGCAUUUCUCUGGGAUAUUAUCAUACCCAUCCGCUUCCUCAUCAUUAUUAUCACUCUUGUGUUGAAUAAAAUGAAAGUUUGGACUUUUCUCCAGUGUCUCGCCAUCCUGCUCGUCCUGUGUGUGGGAUCAGAUUGCGGGACGGUCCUGAGAAAGACCCGAUCCAAACGCGAGCUGGUGAAGAUCAGAGAAGCCAAAGCGGUCUUCCAGGGGGCUUGUGCCACCCGGCUGCCUCGGGGCAAGCGCUCCCUGCCGGCGCUGGACCGCCGGCUCCCCCGCCAGCGCCGACGCUCCUCUCCGGCGGAGGAUGCAAGCUCCCCUCGGGGAAAAGCCGUUUAUUUUACGGGCAGAGGGGACCAACUGAGACUGAAGCCCGGCGUGGACAUACCAAAGGGCAAUUUCACUCUCCAGAUGUGGGUCAAAGCGGAGGGUGGGCAGCGUUCUCCUACCGUUAUAGCUGGUCUCUUCGACAAAUGCUUCUAUGCCUCCAGUGAUCGUGGAUGGCUGUUGGGAAUUAAAUCUGUGAGUGAGCAGGGAAACCGUGACCCACGUUUCUUCUUCUCCCUUAAAACGGAUCGAGCACACAAAGUUACGUCCAUUCAUUCAAAUGCCCGCUACUUGCCCAACCACUGGGCCCAUGUAGCUGUGACUUACAAUGGCCUCUAUAUGAAGUUAUACGUCAAUGGUGCUCAGACAGCUGUUAGCAGGGAACAGUCAGGUGAUGUCUUCAGCCCCCUUACUAAAAAGUGUAAGGUGCUGAUGGUGGGUGGAAAUGCCUUGAAUCAUAACUACAGAGGCUCUGUGGAGCGUGUUGGUUUGUGGCGACAGGCUCUCUCUCAGAGGCAGAUCAUGAGGGACAUGCAUGGACACGAGGAUCCUGAGGACCUGGUUGACCUGGUGAUCCGCGAAACAUUUGAACACCCAGCACGUAAAUGGCUGGCUGUGAAGGACGGCAGCUUCCCAAUACCAGAUAAGGGUCCACGUGCAGGGUUGGGGUCUUUGGACACUACCCUGGAGCCUCCAGCUUGCGGACAGACGGUGUGUGAUAACACAGAUGUGGCGCGCAACUAUAAUCAAUUCUGGAGCUUCCGCCGCCCCAAAACAGUACGGUAUCGUGUUGUGAAUGUGUUUGACGACUCUCAGUGCAAACCCACAGUCACAGAUCAACAGAUUCACCUACAACAUCAGCAUCUGAAUGAAGCCUUUAACAUGUACAACAUUACCUGGGAGUUGACUGUGCACAAUGUGAGCAAUUCCUCUUUGUAUAACCGUCUGGUACUCGCCAACUGUGAUAUUAGCAAGGUGGGUGAUGAGGACUGUGACCCUGAAUGCAACCACACUCUGACUGGAUUUGAUGCUGGUUACUGCAAACCCAGGACACGAUGUCCUGAACAUAAACAGGGGAAUGGCGUCUGUGAUCCAGAGUGCAACUGUGAGAACUAUGGUUAUGAUAAUGGAGAUUGCUGCAACCCUAGCAUCACCGAUGUGACCAAGACUUGCUUCAAUCCAGCUUCUCAUUUAAGGGCCUAUCUGGAUGUGAAAGAGGUAAAAGAGAUCCUAAAACUGGACGGUUCCACGCACCUCAAUAUCUUCUUCGCCAAUUCCUCAGAUGAAGACCUUGCUGGAGUCGCUACCUGGCCAUGGGACAAGGAGGCACUCACACAUCUAGGUGGCAUAGUUCUGAAUCCAUCUUUCUACGGUACAUUUGGCCACACUCAUACCAUGAUCCACGAGAUUGGUCACAGUCUGGGACUGUACCAUGUGUUUAGGGGCAUCUCGGAGAUCGAAUCCUGCAACGAUGCAUGUUUAGAGACCGAGCCUUCGCUGGAAACUGGAGAUCUGUGUGCCGACACCAAUCCCACACCGAAAUACAAGUACUGCAGAGACCCUGAGCCUGGCAACGAAACAUGUGGCAACCGCAAUUUUGUUCACACACCCUUCAAUAAUUACAUGAGUUAUGCAGAUGACGACUGCACUGAUUCCUUUACACUUAACCAGGUAGCUCGCAUGCACUGCUACUUGGACCUCAUCUACCAGACCUGGCAACCCGACUACCGGCCCCCUCCAGUCCCCAUGUCACCCCAAGUGGUAGAACAGGGAAAAGACUCCAUUACUGUGGAGUGGUUUCCACCCAUCUCUGGCCACUUCUAUGACAGAGAAGUGGGAUCAGUAUGUGAUAAAUGUGCAGAAAGUCACGUCCUCCUGCAGUACGCCUCGAAUUCUUCAUCCCCGCGUCCCUGCUCCCCGUCUGGCCACUGGAGCCCCAGAGAAGCAGAGGGACCACCAGAUGUGGAGCAGGCAUGCGAGCCCAGCGUCCGCACGUGGAGUCCGAAUAAUGGCAUGGAUCUGGGAAUGGUGCCUCCCCCCUGCCCUCUGCAAGGCUGCAUGUUACAGCUGGAGUUUGCAUAUCCUGUGGUCCCUGACUCUCUCACAGUGUGGGUGACUUUCUCCUCCCAGGAGGAAACAGUCCUGCCUGCCAUCCACAAUAUCAUCCUAUUGACUGUCAGUGGCUACAACCUGUCUCUGGGUCCCAGUAAUGUGUUCUGUGACACACCGCUGACCAUCAAGCUGGAUGUGCAUGAGAAGGUGUACGGUGUGCAGUUUUUCACCAUGGAACAACAUUUGGAAAUUGAUGCUACUCUGCUCACAUCUAUACCCAAUUGUCCGCUCUGUCAAGAAUGUGAGCCACUGCACUAUCGGCUUCUGCGGCAGCCACCGUUUGUUCACUCACCCCAGGGUGUCAUGCUAAGAGACUCGAUGCGAAGAUACGUGGACAGGGAUGUUGAGUAUGGUGGGGUUUACACUUACCAGGUCCAAACAAUCUCCAGCCGGAGUGUGAGUGAACCGUCACCUCCAUUAACACACCGCCUUGGAGCGCCAUACUGUGGAGAUGGUCUCAUCCAGAGGUCCCAGGGAGAGGAAUGUGAUGAUAUGAACACUAUGAAUGGAGACGGCUGCUCCGGCCACUGCAAGAAGGAGCCGUAUUUUAACUGUAUUGAUGAGCCCAGCAUGUGCUACUAUUAUGACGGCGACGGCGUCUGUGAAGACUUUGAGCGGGAGACAGGUGUGAAGGAUUGUGGCCUGUACACGCCGAAUGGUUUUCUGGACCAGUGGGCCACCUCAGUGGAAGUGUCCCAUGAAGAGAGGCUGUACUGUCCAGGUGACGUGGCUGCUGGAUAUCCUGCUAUUACUAAGACAUGCCAGUCUAAAGUGUUUGACCUCUCUGAUGGAGUGUCUCAGUAUGCCUGGUUUCCAUGUCGAGAGGCACAGGGUGUUUCCUGGUAUCCCCAGUAUUGGUUAAAGGCGUAUUUCUCACAUCCUAUGGUUGCUGCGGCUGUUAUCAUCCAUUUAGCCGCAGAUGGAACCAGUUACAUUGACCAAGCCCAGUGUAACAUCACAGUCCAACUAAUUGACACUAAAGAGAGCAUCCACAGCCUAGGCGACUGGCGUUUGAGCUGCCGCACCAAUCCUCUGGUCAUCCCAGUGAGUCAUGACUUGAGCAUGGCCUUCUACCACACCAAAGCCAUUCUCCUCAUGUUCCGCUCCGAUCUCGUGGCCAUCUCUGGUAUUGGCUUGCGUUCCUUCCAGUUCUUUGACCCAAUCACCAUCAGCGGCUGUCAGAGCAAUGAAAUAUACAACCCCAUGGGCCAGAGUUGUGUUCAUUACUCCUGUGAAGCCAUUGAUUGCCAAGAGCCGCUGAUCCGGAAUGCAGAGGUGCAGUGCAGCGACAGCGGCUACUUCAACGGAGCACGCUGCACUGUCAACUGCAACAGCGGCUAUGUCCUACAAAUCCACCGGGAUGAUGACAUCAUCAAGAGCCAGACGGACUCAACCGUGACCAUUACCUGUGCUGAUAGGAAAUGGAACAAGCAAGUAUCGUGUGAGCCAGUUGACUGUGGGCUUCCAGAUAAGUACCAUGUGCAUCCUGCCCACUUUGAUUUCCCAGAAGGCACCACCUACGGCAAGAAGAGCACGUUCCAGUGCAAGGAGCCUGCACAGCUCGUGGGCACAAAUAACACUCUGACCUGUAUGGAGGAUGGUCUGUGGUCAUUCCCGGAGGCUUUGUGUGAGCUCCGCUGUCCUGUGCCUCCUCCCGUGCCCAACGCCGUGCUUCAGACCAAACGCUGCAAUGAGACAGGUCUUAAAGUGGGCACCCUCUGCAAAUACAAAUGCAAACCAGGAUACCAUGUGGCCAAAAAGCAAAAGAGGAGAGCCUUCAAGCGUCAGUGCACAGAAGACGGCCGCUGGUUAGAGGGCUCUUGUGAGCCGGUAACUUGUCCACCUCCUCCAUCCGUCUUCUAUGGCAUGUACCAGUGCACAGACGGCUUCAAAUUUGACAGCACCUGCUGGAUCCACUGCAAUGGAGCCAACAACACGUUGAAACAACCACCAUGCAAACAGGGGCUUGGCACCAAUGUCAUCCGCUGCAGAAAGGACGGGAACUGGACUGGAAGCUUCCGCUUAUGCCCUCAGCUGAAGGGUCAAUGCUCUCUACCUCAGAACCUGCAUCCCAGCAUCCGCGUCAACUGCAAGAAGGGCCAUGGCAUAGGAGAGGAGUGUGAGAUGUCAUGCAGGGACAGUAACAACGAUGUGGUAAUUCUGCCUAACAACAUGACGGCCAGCAGCAUUAUGAGACAUCACUGGAUGAACCCUCCCAAAGUCAAGCACAUAGUCUGCACCAUGGGCCUGAAGUGGUACCCUCAUCCGGAAGUCCUGCGCUGCAUAAAAGGAUGUGAGAGGCCCAAGAAGAUUUAUGAAGAUGAAGAUGUAGAGGAACUCUACACUAAACCUUUCAUGGGUGACAAUUACUGUGACGCCAUCAACAACAGAGCCUACUGCAACUAUGAUGGAGGCGAUUGCUGCCAUUCCACUGUCAAGACUAAGAAGGUGAUUCCGUUCCCCAUGUCUUGUGACAUCCGAAGAGAGUGUGCUUGCCGGGACCCCAACGCCUUGGAGAACCGAAAGGGAGAGCACUUGCACUCACUUGGUUAACACGCUCCACCAAGCUGGUGCGCAGACUGGGACAGGAUGAGAUCUUCUUCCCAGAAAUGCUGCUGCUUCACAGUUGUACCUCUCCUCUUAUAGCUGUUCAUCAUUUCCAAGUCCAAGUCUACCUGCUAUCUCUUACACUACGUUUGGAAAAGGAUCCCAAUGUCAAGACCCCACAAAGGACCAAAGCUGGUUUGUGUAUAGGCCGGGACACACCAAGCCAACAUCAAAGAACUAGGGGCGAUGAAAGCCGACGGAAAAGCUGCAAAAAAAGCUGCACUCGAACACACUGCACAGACUACAGCCAACGGCAAACUAACACAUGCAUUCUGCGCAUGCAUGAGAGGAAUUAACUGUCUAUAUCAGCAUCUAUCAAUAGUAUAUAUUCGUCAUUCAAAAGGAGAAACAAAGAUAUACGAGAUAAACACAGAUAUAUGAAACGUAAAUAGAGCAGUGCUUGUUUACCAUUUUGAAUAUCAGUAACAUUGAUAACUUUAACCAUUUUAAGCGGCUCAUGUUGUUAUGAAAACAUUCACGUAUUUGAUUGGGAAAGAUCACGUAACAUUUAAACAGCCUUCUGUCUGUAUCGCUUUCAUUUACGUGCUCGUUUUCAUCACUUUCACUUUAAUUCUUUGGCAAUGACUCAUUCGCUAAACUAAACUGAACAUCCAAUCAGAGCUCUAAACUGAACAUCCAAUCAGAGCUCUCACUCGUGCCGACGGCGCCGACGCUGAUUCAACAUGUUGAAUCGGGCAAACUGCCGCCGACAAGUGGAACACACCAAACAAACUAGCUGACCGUAACUCGCCAUCGACUUGGUGUGUCCUGGCCUUAUGCCAUUUGUAGAUCUUUCACAACCCCUCCAAAAAAUGAAAGCAAGGCAUCUCAAGGGAACCAUACUGAUUUGACCAAAGCUAGAAAAAUAAGAAACACACUCUUGAAAUCGUUUAGGGGACUUGAUUUGUUUUAGUUUGUCUUGGAUGUGAUCUCAGUCAUCCCAGGAAGGUGGUGCAUGGUGUUUCCACCCUCACCCGUGUCCAUAUAGAAGCAGACUGGGUCCCAAAACAAGGACUGUACGGUUGGCUGUAGAGCAAUUGCAUGAUCGUGGGUUGUUUUUAAAGACUAAUAGUGAUUGUUGUUAUGUUCCUGAAAUGAUACAAAUCUAUCAAAUAUAAAUGCGCAAUGGGGAAGAGCUGCAGGUCUCGUCGCACACUAUUUAUGUUCUGUUAUGAAAUAAUUGCAAUUUGAGGUUUAUUUAAAAUGCACACCAGUAGAUUUGGCAUAAAUAUGGUGAGAGAGAAUUGGUUUCUUUAGCAUGGCUGCUGUCGUUGCUGCUACGAUUGCUGCUAAUUAGUCAGACAACAGGAAUAUGCAGGACAUGAUCUAGUGUGCCAUCAGUCUGCCUUAAUACUUACCUCUGAUCAAUAUAACCAUCCGUGACCGAAGACCUCCCAUUAAAGCUCCAGGCCAGUGCUGAAUUGUAGCUCGUCCUGGUCCGAAUGCAAAAUAGACACAAAUUCCUGAAUGUAGAGGCCAUUGUCAUAAACCUUUUAUUGAACUGAAAUGCUUAGUUCACACAAAAUCUGAAGAUUCUAUCAUUUACUCAUUGUUUUGUGUAUAUGAAAUACUUAAAAAAUAAUAAUAAUAAAAAUAAAAAAAUAUGCACCUCAUUUCUAUAAAAUGAUAAAUAAAUAAAACAAAAAACAGUAUUCCAUAAAAGUCUUCUGAAGCCAUACAGGUCUUGCGUGAUGAAGAGAUUGAAAUUAAAGUGAAUAUUCACAGAAAAUCUUUCCAUCUGCUGCAGAUCUCGCAUGUCAUUCUCCACUCUCUGGUUUCAACACACAUGAGAACCAAUGACAUCAAAGCGUGGUGUGACAUCCAAAGGUGCCAUAUUUCAGUCUGACCGCAAGCAUGGAAGGUAUUUGUAAGCUCUGAUGGAGGGGAAAAGUUUCAGCAACUAAAAACAGAUUAACCUUUGGUCUGUUCCUCACACAAACCCAUCAGCUUCAGAAGACUGCAUGAGUACUAUGGACUGCUGCUGUGGUACUUCUGCGGUGCUUUGCAUUAUUAAAUUGACCAUGAUUAUGUAAUAUGAAUGAUGACGACAAAUGGAGACUCUUACGCACUCUUUCUAAUCUCAGUGAAUCUGCUGCCAGUCAAAAACGUUUCAAAGGUAACUUACUGCACAUGUGCCAACUUUGUAACCACUUGUAUAUGUUUUUGCCAAAAAAAAAAGAAGAAAACAAAACAACUUAGCUUCAUGGAAA